AUGAUGUUGGUUUUGCUGGUGCUAGCAGUCGGCCUGUCGACUCUGACGAGGUCAUGUUCCGCACGAAUCGAUAUCUCUAAUUCUGAUCCCUUGGACGAUUGUGGAAGUAUUGUAUUGCAAGUCAAUUGUUCAAGUAUUUCAUCGGAAUAUAGACACAUCACGGGCGCCUGUAACAAUCUAAAUUAUCCAUCAUUAGGUGCAGCAAUGACUCCAUUCAGGAGACUGAUACCUAAGAGAGAGGUAAGAUACAAUUGUUUGAUAAUCAAGAAAAAAUGAAAUAAUGGCUGUCAGGAGCGCAUAAUCCGGUCCGGAGCGAGAGAGCAGCUCGCAUACUAGGCCUGUGUAGUGGUGUUUUCACGAACCAGUUUAUUUCUAGACACGUUUUAUAGCACUUUUCCUGCGAAAAUGGAAGUUCCACUUCGUCUACGAUCACAAUGCAUCGAAGUGUGAGCAGCAGAUAAUGAUUCUCUCUCGACAGAAGAUAUCAAAAACGGAAACUAAAAGUUAUUUAAAAGAUCAAUAAAAGUUUUUUUUAGGUCUGUAGGGUUUGCUGGCUGGAAAUUCGUGCCAAAAUCGGUCUAAAGAUCAACCUGUCCAUAACACGAGCACUUUUGAGUUAUGAGCUCCUGUGGCUGUGUCCUAUUCGCCAUAAAGAAGAUAUUUCUACCUUGUAUUCAUACCAAGACAUCAUGUGAAACCGUGUUACACAUGUAACAGUAAUAGGUUUGUGUCCGCCUGGGCCUAUUAAAGAGGAUCUUGAAGCGUUGACUGAGGGAAGUGUUUCACUGAAUCCCAUUCCCCCCAGCCCAAAUUCUUUUCAGAUCCUUCAAAAUUUGUUCAAAGUUUGCUUCAAAACCAUUCCCCUUGGAAAAAAUAUAAGCAAACAAACAAACAAUUGCAGUGAAUCAAAUCACAUUCACCAGCCGAAAAAUCAUGGAAAACCCUCAUUUAUACACUUUUGUACCCCACAAAAAGUAAACGUUUUGGCUAAAACUGAUUUCAUAAAUUUUCAAAUACAUGGCUUCUCAAGCCUGCAAGUCAGGCGCAUUUUGCUGUGCAAACAAUGAUAAUAACAAAGUUCUCCCACCAAUCUUGAACAUUGAAACUGACAGAGAGCCCUGCCUAAUUAGUUUUUCAAUUGCUUUCAAAAUAGUGGCCGCAAUCAAUGUUCCUCUGAGCUUUUGUAUAGCGAAAAAGCCUGUUCUACAGGCUAUAUAGCACCUCUUGCGUCUUUUCCUUCCAGGUUAAUAUGAAUGAGCUCCCAAACGCAAGAUCCGUCAGCAGAGAGCUUUUUCCCCAGAAUGCACCACCAUCUAAUCCGGCAGAGGAGUCCCCAGAAUCUACUUUGCUCACUGACAUGGCAGGUGUGUUUGGCCAGUUCUUAACUCAUGAUAUCACACUGACGUGGCACAAACCAAGUUCUUCUAAAUGCAACGACUGCUUUAACCCUGGUACUGAAUGCUUCGGGAUCAAUGUCACGAGCGACGUUAUUUUUAGUGCAAGAAAAUGCAUUCAAAUGAAACGUGCUACAAGAUGCCAGACCGCAAACGCCGGCCAAGAGCAAGUUAACAUAGCCACGACCUUCAUAGACGCUUCACAUAUUUACGGUAACAAUGAUGAUGAAGUCAGAAUAGCUCGCGCCGGAGACCCGAUGGGGAAACUUUGGCAGGAAAACGAUCUCUUGCCACCAGCACGCGAAAAAAAGCCUUUCUGUCGCUCACCAAAUCCUGGUACUAUGCCUUGCUUUUAUACAGGCGACUUUCGGCGAAAUAAUGUCAGCCCAGGUAAAGCUUACUCCUCAGCCAGCCGUCAUAAAAUAGAACGUUUAAACAUAAUAAGCUGCAUGUCUUAAUUUUCAGCAAGCCUUAUUUAGCCUGAAGAUAUACCACAUCUGUAUACUAAACCUUUUCCAAGAAAAUUCUCUGGUCAUAUACACGUUUUUAGGAAACUGCCAUACCCCUCCACUAAGCCAGCAUUUUGCCCUAAGUGAGAAGCAAGUGUUAAUGUUGGCUUUGGGGGGGAGUAGGUGGGCAGCUCGGGGGGGGGGGCCCAUAUAUGGGCUAUAUGGGUAUGUGCCGCUGUGAAGGGUAUGGUUUUCAAGCAGUUUACUCUAGGAUAGGGUAUAUAAAUCAGAGCGUUUGGGUCUAGAAUAGGGUAUCAUUUUUCAGGAAACUGAUCAGUUGGUUGAAGAUUUUGUCUAAACUGGGGAAACAGCUACCCUAGGAUAGGGGGAUUUUGGGAGUUUACUCUAGUAUAGGGUAGCAAAAUUCAGCUGAACUAGCUCUGGUUUAGGUUAAGGGUUCCAGGGUCCCAGCGGCACAUCCCCACCCAGAAAUUCCUAAAGUGCCCCCCUCCCCCCCCCCCGGGGUGGGCAGUUUCCCAGAAACGUGUAAUGAUAUGCAUUUUCUCCCAAAAAAUAUGACAGGAAAUUCUUAACCUUGAAAAUACCUAAAUCACAAGUUCUUUAAACCGAGGGAUUUGUCUCCGGCCUCUUCUCCUUCAUUUCUCGUCACCUCGUCGGGAACAUAGAAAAUACACAUUACCGAACGAAAAAAGCAGAGAACAUAGUCCCCAGAGCCGAGUGAUCAUCCUCUCAUGAGUCUGUGCAUAAUGGUGCCCAUCUUUUAGAGCGACUUUAAGUCCCAAGAGAAAUUGAAAAAAGCAAAGAGUAUAAUGGUAUUUUUGACAAAGGCCUAUUCUCGCAGACAGAAGACCUUUUGAGUAAAGGACCAUUCUCCAUUAGGAUACACAUACUGGGAAACAAAGCAGCUACGUUAGCUUAUAUUUAGUCGAUUUGUCACAAGCACGAGGUUUCUUUAAAACAAAUCUCAGUGUAUAAUUGUCAUUCUCUUGUAGCCUUGAAUGUCCUUCAUACUAUCUGGGUACGAGAACAUAAUAGGAUAGCCAGGAAGUUAAAGCAAAUAAACACGGGAUGGAACGGAGAGAAAGUCUUCCAAGAAACGCGAAAAAUCCUCGGUGCUAUGAUGCAGCACAUUACUUACAACGAGUAUCUGCCAGCCCUCCUGAGUAGGAGAAUGGUCAGUAUGCUUAUUGUAUUGCUUUUUAAAAGACAAUAGGUUUAUGAGGCAAAACAACAACUUUGCACGUGCAUCACACUUAAUUUGUACAUUUCUUGGCCGUUUAUGCAUAACUACGACGCAAAAUUGCUGCCUAAGGGCCUGUUUACAUGGAGGUAGGGGAGCCCAGGUACGUGAAGUAGCCCGCGGCAUGUCACCCCAUCUAUCAUGUAAACGUGAUCAAAUUAAGGUGAGAGAUUAUAUGGACAGGCGGGAUACCCCACCAAAGGCGGUUACCACACCAGCCUUGGGUCCCCCACCUCCAUGUAAACAGGCCCUAAUUUUAUUUUUUAUGGAGGACGUAAAUAUGUGACGGCGAGAUCCUAGGAAUUCAACAGUCAGGGGGAUUCGCAAACAUUGCACGUGAUAAGGUAAAUGGGAAUAAUCGAGAUAAAGACUGAAAGAACGCAAAUUCAUUUUUUAAGCAACAUUUCGCUGCCACCGCCUUUCUGGAUCUUAAAGUCCCUAUUUAGCGGAGACCGUGGUGGGUAAUUACAAAUUGGGGGAGGACGUGGUAAUAUAAGAGGGUAGGCCUGCUCGAUUCAAAUGCGUGAGCAAGCUAUUGUGACUAUUUGUGUGAUGCUAUCUUUUUGCCUUCGUGCCAAUUUUCUUCCAGAAAUCAGUGGCGGAGCCAGGGGAGGGGCCCGGGGGGACCGGCUCCCCCUUAUUUUGAGACCAAACCGGGGCCCGAAGGGCCGAAAAAAGUUUACUCAGACCCCCCGGCCCCCCCUUAUCUCAGGGUCUGUAUGACCGGGCCCCCCUCCCCUUAUCUGAAGAUCUGGAUCCGACACUGGAAAUAAUAACUCAGUUCAGUUAUUUGAGAAUAGAGACUACAUUUACUCAUUGAAACUGUUUCCUGUCGUCUGUUGUUUGAGAAAUGAGCCCGCGCUCCUCUCCCGAACAGACGCUGGCUCUUCUCGGGAAGGCCCAAGAGAGCGGCUGAAAUGGAGCCGACAAGAUGAUGCGCCCAUUCUUUUCGACGCCUGCCCCGUAAGCCAUGAGCUAUAUCUGUGAUUAGUGAUGUUGUUUUCUCCGAUUAUAUUAGCGGAGACAAUAUGGUCUCGUACUGAAAUCAGGAGGUUUCUACACCGGCUACGAUGCAUCUGUCGAUCCAUCCAUCGCGAACAGCUUCGCAACGGCUGCUUUAAGAUACGGACACAGCACUGUUGGAAACAUCUACAAACCCUGCAUACCCACAGCUGAUUUUCAUAACCCUGCUCCGCUGUACGCUGAGAACGGUGUUGAUGCUAUAUUACGAGGCCUACUUUAUCAACCUGCUAGGGAAGUGGAUAGGUACUGUAUAUGAAAUGAUGCAUGCAUAUAUAAUGCUUAUAUACAGUGUCUACAGGUAGACUACAGGUAGCGACUCCUGAAGGAGAAUCAUGAGGUUAUCCCUAUUUUAAGAACUCUCCUCACAGACAACUCAAACCCCGACCUGCCGCUCAGCAGACCGGCACUGACUCCCAACUGAUUUAAUCAGGCGGCGGUGAAUGAAUAUAUACUAAUAUAUGAAAUUCAUACAUUGGAACCGCGGAAUGAAAAAACAAACACAAAAAAGAUCAUCACAAUUAAAACACAACUUAUGCAGUUGCAAAAAGAGAGCCUUAAAAAUUUAGGCUUCCCCCGCGAUUCGGACCCUGGCCUUCUGCGAUACCGGUGCAGCGUUGUAACCCAUUGAGCUAGCAAGCCAAAUGGGAGCUGGAAGAGUAUUGCCAGCGUAUAGCGCCGGCCGAAUUGUUAUGUCUGGGGUACUUUCUUGGGCUCCGCCGCCAAAAACUGCGCAACACGCCUCGGAUAAUUUUGCUAGAAGUUCAGCACAGGCUAAGUAUUAUACCGUUUAUUUUCUUAGCCGUAGUCUGUUUUUAGUGAGGUUAUCUUAAUAUCACACAGAACUAACCUAGUCCCUAGCUGUGACGUCACCGAGAAAGACUCGCCGAGAACGCUAAAAUUAGGGGUAUUUUGACAAUAUCUGCUUGGCGUUUUCUCGACCGCUCUUUCCCAAUCUUCGCGGGGGCAACGGUCUGCAACAGAGAACGCCUAGGGAUUAGGCUGACAGAACUUAAAGUUGAGAGAGGAGAGGUAUUCAUUUAUAGUACUGAACUAGCUAAGAUAAAUUGAUUUCCUUAUAUAGUAUGUCCCAUUAAUGAUGCCUUCUUGCGGAAAAAAGAUCUUAGUUGAAUAUAAAUCAGUGUUUUGCGGAUCACUUUCAUCACUUAAGGCAGGCGCCCUUGACAGAAACCCUCUCUUUACUGAGCCGUAAUUUAUUCAAAGCAAUGAAAAAUACUCUAAGGUUUACUGGGGAAAGCUUCCAUGCAAGGAACACCCUCCUGACCAGAACAGGCUAGAUGUGUCUUGAUACUAAUACAAACAUGACUCUAUUGAUUUUUUUUUUUCGGGUGCAAAGUUAUUGUCCCCUUAAUGAGGUUUUGCACUAAAUGGGUUAGAGGUACCGGAUUAUUUACUCGAUUAAGUAACGUGGCGCUUGUUAAAUUUUUCUUCUUCUCUGUGCGGUGCUUAUUGAAAGUGGCACUCACUUAAAAAUUUGUUUUCAUUCACGAAUAAUCAUUAAUAGUCAUGUCCGUCAAGCUAACAAAAGUCCUAUUCACAAAGGAUAGCACUCAGAUCCAUUAGCCGCCGACCACAUUCAAUUUAUACUUUUCAUUACUUGCCUUCAUUUCGAAGGUUCUUCUCAUGGGCAGUCACUCAGAAAUUCAAGCCUGGACCAAAACCUGAUCGCUGAUCUUGUUGCUAUAAACAUACAGCGAGGGAGGGAUCAUGGCCUCCCCGCCUUUGGCGAUUUCAAUGCACACUUCGACGUUAACAAUGUUAAUAUCCCAGGUGACUUAAAGAACAUGCUGAAAGAGUUAUACGGCUCAGAUUUGAGCAAAGUUGAUUUAUAUGUUGGCGGACUACUUUUAGAAAAUCCCACCUAUGGCUCACAUGUGGGGCCUACCUUCGCUCACAUUUUAGCUGAAGGAUUCAGGUAAGUUUAGUUAUUGAUUAAUGAAACAGCUCAUCUUAUAGUACGCCGAGUGAUAUGCGUCAGGAUAAAACCGUCGCGUAUGCGAAAAGAAGUGGGGGUACAAAAAGAAAGGCCUCUGGCGCCCGAUCUCUCGCGGCUUUGCCGCGGCCGCUCGCCGUUUCAAAUUUCCUUUUCGUGAAUAUUCUUUGCCAUCUUUAGGAGGCUUUGAAUAGUCUUUAGCAUAAUGGAAAGCAGUAUACCAGCUCACCACAGAGUUACCAUCAGUUUUCUUUUUAUCUAUCUAGCCACUUCGAUAUGUUACACUAAGAAAAAGAAAUAUAGAGAUUUACGAGGAAAACUGUGCUUGAAACCCCAAUGAAACCACGAAGCUUUUGCAACGCUGUUGUGGGCUUUCUGGCUCUACUAAAUUGCCAAAAAAACACCAAAUAUUAAUUAAACGGCGGCGGCAGAGUAAUAAUACGUAAUAAUAAGAUUAUAAAGAGAAACGGUAAGAAAAAAGACAAAAGCAAAUAAAAGGGCAAAAAGGGAGGGGUUCCAGGGAAAUGAGCAAGUUAAGCAAGGAGCUGUUGUUUCAGUUUGUUCUUAAAAGCUGAUAAACUAACUGAGCUUUGACUGUCUGGGCUUAAAGAAAUCAAAGGCGCGAAUGUUUGUAAAGCGAGUCUAAAACCAAGAGAGAAGCAUUGGCUACUAGCAGGCGGCAUUAUGUUUAGACAAAUAGGAAUACCUCCAAACAUGGUCCUCAGUUUUCGGUUAGAACUUCCGAAAUCAUAUCUAUCUAGCUUGGCAUGAACUUUUGGUUCGGAAUUUUUAUUUCCGGACGUUUUGGCUCAGUGGUAUAGACUAAGCAUAUGACAUUUUCACUGAUUUCAGAAAUUUAAGAAAAGGUGACCGCUUCUGGUACGAAACAAACGAAAAGGGAGUUGGAUUUUCCCUUGCACAGCUGACGGAAAUAAGAAAAGUUAGCUUAGCUAGGAUCGUUUGUGACAACAGUGGUAUAUCGUAUGUUCAGCCCAAGGUAAUGAAAAAGAGGAACUGGCGGAGAAACAGAAAAGUUAAGUGUGACAGUCUUCCAGAAAUGGACCUAACCAAAUGGAUUGAUCGGUCGGUAAGAUAUUUGAUUUCAAGUAACUGAAUUAUUCAAUAGUUGUUUAGAGAAGCGGUAGAGAGAUGCUCGCGAUGGGUAAUGGGAAUGAGGAAGGCCCUUUUUCUUUGUUCUGUCAUUGUCCCCUUUGUUAAUGGCCCAUUUCAUUAUGGAUUAAAGUUAUAUUAACUGCAGCGAAUAAUCAAAAUUUCCACCUGUUCCUUCUUUGAAUUUCUUAUUUUUUUACCCAGGUCCCAGUAAUACCGCGUUCUUUACGCUUCGAUGAUGUCCCCCAUGAGAAACCUUACAUAAACAGCCAUCUUCCCGCCAGUUAG